AUGAAUAAAAGAUUCUCAUUUAUUCUUCUCUUAGUUUCAGAUCUACAAAUACCAGCCCCGGUGUAUGGAGUACCGAAUCAGCAAGAUUUCCAGAACACACCCCCAGGUGCCUACGGGCCCCCCGCACCAGUGACCUUUCCAAACCAAGCCUACCACGGCCCACCUCCUCCGAUCUACAAGCCAAAACCAAUUUAUGGGCCUCCUAAAACCUACGGCCUCCCUAAACCAGUAUAUGGUCCUCCGAAAUUUAGCCAGCCAAAGCCAAUAUAUGGACCUCCAAAGAAGACUUAUGGCCCACCAAAGCAGAGUUUACCGAAACCAAUCUAUGGGGUGCCCUUUAAACCUCAAAAGUUUUCCUUAAACAAACCUAUAUUUUCGCAACCCAAACCCGUGUAUGGUCCGCCUAAACCUGUUUAUGGCCCUCCCAAAAUUAAUUAUGGUCCACCAAUAGCAAGUCCUCCACCUCUACCUGAACUUCCAGCUCUUUCGUUGCCUCCAAUCGAUAAUAAUGUCGAUCUUGGUUUGAAUAUACCAGCCCCUAUUUAUGGUACUCCUUUAGCGAACCUACCAUUGGAUUUAAAACCAAAUUUCCCAACGCCCAAUGAAUCUUAUGGACCUCCAGGCCAAGUAUUUGGAGGACCAAUAGGUCCGAACGAUCAAAUUGUCUUCCAGAACGUCGGUAGUGCUGGUCACUACGGUCCUCCGCAGCCUGACCCGAACCCCAGGCCACCUCAUCCAGGCAUCCCAGCUCCACCAACUCCGCCACACGUACUCUACGAUGGUUGGAAACCAAUUCCUGGAUUAUCGCAGUCAAUAAACCAAAAUUUUGAAAAUGAUCUACACCAAGAAGUACAGAUACAUUUUGACCAAUCUUUGCCAAACGUUGACCAUCACCACCAAGUCUCGUCAGCUCAGAUAACAACAGGAUAUGCAAAUGUCCACCAAGAUGCUUUAUCCAAUAUUGAUUUGAACGCUAUCGUUGGUGGUGACUCUAAUGGCAUCGAUCAAUCAAAGACAGUUUUCGAGGCACACUAUACGGAAAACCAAGAUCAUGGGCAUCAAGGAGACAUAACAGUCGUUCAUGGCAAACCUUUUGAUACCUACGGAGCUCCACCAUUAGAUUCUUUCUCUUCAAAUGGACCGUACCCAGCCAACUUAAGACAACAAGGAGCUAAAGGGCUAGUAUCACCUUCAGGCUUCUAUGGUGUACCUUGGGGAAGUCAGUAUGGAGCUCCUCCUAAGCACAAUAACAAUCUACCUCUGCCUUAUGGAUACCAUUCAGGUGGAGGUCACUCUGGAUUUAAUUCUCCCCAAAAACCGAUCAAAUUCAGAGAAUCAGUACCUGAAGGUUUAUUUGAACACAUCGGACAUAUAGUCCAGCAUAAGGAUGCUCAUCACUCAGAUCACGCACACCACGGGCCCUCGUACCUGCCUCCACCAAUAAGAGAAGUCAAAGAUAUCAACAUGCAUACCGGAAAUCCAGGUCUACACAGUGUUUCUUUAUCAAUAGAACCAACGAAUUUAUACAGUCUACCUCAUUCUGGCAAUCCGAUAAACUUCCAACAGCAGCAGCAAGUUCCUUCUAAUCUCUACGGAUCUCCUAUUGACUCUUAUUCUGUACCAUUAUUGACAGUAGGUAUUGGAGACCAUGUAACAUCAGGAUCCAGUUACAACGCCGUGGCUUCAGCUAUUGAUGGCACUUUGUUAGCUAACCUCUCGAACUUAGAUGCUGCUGCAAUUUUAAAACACUGUCCGUACCAUGAAGCUAUAUUGAAAGCUGCUCAAUCAGGGGAGAAGAUCCCGGCAGAUCUAGCUAAUAGAUAUGUAAACAGCUUAAGCGCUUUAGGCACAACUUUGAAUAAAUCUUCUAAUUCAAUAUUAGACUCCUUUAGAAAAGAUUUCUCUCACAGCAUUAAUCGUCCAUCAAACGAAAUUAGAAAUGAGAAACGAGAAAGUUACAGUGCACAAAAGGGUAAAUCAUUAGACAAUAAACACAGAAUUAAAGAUGAAAGACUACAACACGUAAGCAAUGAAAUUCUAAAGACCUCUGAACGUAUCAGAGACUUAAAUCAAGAAGCGAAAGAGCUACAACAAAAAAUUGCCGCAACAAACCAUAAUAUACAUACAGGAGUACCUAUUCCUAGUAAAAUAGGUUCUUAUUCUGUCCAAAUUCAAGGGUCACAUAAUCAAAACAGUAAAGACGGUGUACCACACGAUCAAUUAUUAUCAGAAGGUCUGUUGCAGAGCAUACUUCAAGCCGUAGAAGGUCCAUCAAAGAACAAUCAACAAAAUGCACAACAGUCUUCACAGCAACAAAAUCAGCAGCAGCAAGGCUCACACCAACAACAACAACAAAAUUCCUAUCAACAACAACACUCCUUGAAUCAACAGCAACACUCUUUGAAUCAACAACAACACUCUUUGAAUCAACAACAACAAUCUUUGAAUCAACAACAACAAUACCACAAUCAAAUUCGCCAACAGUCGCUACCUCAAGUAAAUUUCCAAAAUUUCUUCUCCAGCCAAGCUCUGGAUGGUUUUGAAGGAAUAGAUUUGCCUGCAGGCUACGAACCAAUCGAUCACACUAAAGACCAAGCCGUACAAGCAUCUCAACAAGUACAGACUGAAAUUCGUGACGUACACAUCCAUAACGGACCAUGCGAUUUGAAGACAGCUGGUUCUGAGAGAAAUGAAGUAAUUCUCCCUCCUCCAGCUAAAGCUGAACAGUCAAUAGAUAAAGACGAUAACGAGGUAGCUGUAUACUUUGAUGUAAAAGAACCUGUGACAGAAAUAUCAGUGGCUACUAGUAUAAGUGAAGAAGAGUCCAGUGGCAAAUCUAAGGCGUAA